AUGACGUACCCAAAGGCAAGUGAUAAUUGUUUCUUCAUUGACUUGAUUGAUGAAAUGGUGAGUGAGAAAAAGCUGCUAGAUGAUCCUCUUGAACUAAGUCUAACUGAAGAUGAAUUGACAGAGCAAGAAGGACAAGAGGUCAUGGGGUAUGUGAAGUGGCUUGAUUCCUAUGGGCCUUUGAACAGAAGAUAUUUUGAGGAAUUGGGAGCAGUUCCAAAAGAGCUAAAGCCAUCUACUGAAAAGCCUCCAGAACUUGAAUUGAAGGUGCUUCCUAGUCACUUGAGGUAUGAAUUUUUGGGUCAAGAUAAAAAGCUGUCAGUUAUUGUUUCAGCUUCUCUCUCUGAUGUGGAAACUGAUAGACUUUUGAGGGUACUCCGAGCUCAUAAUAAGGCCAUCUCUUGGAAACUAGGUGAUGUUAAAGGAAUCAGUCCUUCAACAGUGAUGCAUCGAAUUCUCAUGGAAGACAAUGCCAAACCAACUAUUGAUGCUCAACGUAGACUCAAUCCACCCAUGAAAGAAGUAGUCGGAAAAGAAGUAGUUAAGUGGUUGGAUGUUGGAGUUGCUUAUCCUAUUUCAGAUAGUAAGUGGAUAGCUAUAGCACCUGAAGAUCAGGAGAAGACUACUUUAACAUGUCCCUAUGUGUUUGGUUCUUCCUUUGAUCAUUGUUUGGAAAAUCUGGAAAAAGUACUAACAAGGUGCGAGAAGUCUAACUUGGUGUUAAACUGGGAGAAGUGCCACUUUAUGGUAACAGAAGGAAUUGUUCUUGGGCAUAAAAUUUCAAAGGCAGGAAUUGAGGUGGAUAAGGCAAAGGUUUCAACAAUAGAAAAUUUGCCACCUCCAGUUUCUGUAAAAGGAGUGAGGGGUUUCCUAGGACAUGCUGGCUUCUACCGCAGAUUUAUCAAGGACUUCUCUAAAAUCUCAAAACCUUUAUCUAGCUUACUUGUAAAUGGAGUUCCAUUUGAGUUUGGAGAAGACUGUUUAAAAGCUUUCAAGAUUUUAAAGGAGAAAUUGAUUACAGCACCGAUAGUAACUUCACCGAAUUGGGAACUGCCGUUUGAGUUGAUGUGUGACGCUAGUGACUAUGCCAUUGGAGCGGUUUUGGGUCAGAGAGUUGACAGAGUAUUCCACACAAUCUACUAUGCUAGUAGAACUCUGAAUGAUGCUCAAUUAAACUACGCCACUACAGAGAAAGAAAUGUUGGCAAUAUGUGAGGGAAAGCCUGAUGGUACCGUGGUACGCUGA